ACAAUAUGGCGGCUUCCGAGCUCGCAAGACGAGGAUGGCACAUCAAAGAAGAGAGUUUGUCUGCUCUAAGUGAUAAUGGGAAAACUAAUACAGAGAAUAUUGUGAAAAAAGCACUUGAUGCUGAUUUACGAGAUAUAGGUUUAGCUUGUUUGAAUGAGGAUAUAAAUAGAAGCAGAUUAGACUAUGUUGAGGGCCCUUUAGUAUUACAGCUCCAGAAACUUCGUAUUGUUUCUGCACCCAGAGACAAUGAAGAAUCACAGACUGCACCAAAGCUGUGUCGGCUGUCUUUGACGGAUGGCCACGUCACUUGUUCUGCUGUUAGUUUAGAAACAAUUAAAGGACUUGGUGGCCAUACCCCACCUGGCAGCAAACUAUUAUUGACUGGUACUGUUGAAGUAGAGAGUAGCUUUCUCUUGUUAACUAACAAAAAUACAAGUCUUCUUGGUGGUCGUGUUGAAAAGUUAGCCGAUACAUGGGAACUAAAAAAGACACUGGCACAGCAAUCAUUAAUGCGAUCCAAUGCUAGAAGUGAAGGAGGGCCUCCACCAUUUGUGCCAUUUGGGAAAAAAAUAGCUAAUGAUCCUUUACCCCUGUCAAAAAAAGAUAACUUCAAAUCUCUGGUCACCAAGAAAGAAAAGAAACAAAGUGAGGAAGACACAGAGUUCCAACAGCAAAGACAGGCAGCACUCAACCAAGCUCUACAGGCCAAGUCAACGAGUGGGGGUGUAAAGACAUUUGGGGGAGGAAAGUUUCUGGUCAAUGACAAAGAUGUAGCCAAGAUUAUGGAUAUGGGUUUCUCAGCAGACGAGGCCACAGCAGCCUUAAAAUCUUCCAGUGGAAAUCUAUCUGAAGCAAUCAAUACCUUACUUUCAGGGGGACAUAAGUACCAGAGAGGUGGAGACAGGGGCAGGGGAGGUAGAACUGGAGGCAAUGAAGGACGAGGUGAGGGCAGGCGGCGUGGCAGGGACAGAGACUAUGACGAUGAUGCUGAAGGGCCCAUCUCUACUAAACCUAGUGGGCCGGCCACUUUGUUUGACUUCCUGGAAACCAAGAUCCCCACUAAAGAAGAAACCAAAAAAUCAUCUUAUAAACCUCCUGAUACCAAAAAUUCAUCUGCACCAUUAUCAUCCUCGCUAAGUGAAUCUUCGUCCAAAUAUUCCAAAGAUGACACAGACAGUAAACCCUCUCAGAAGAAGGCAGAGAACACAAGUAGCAGGACAGCACCGCAGGGUAAAGAUUCUUAUCGUGGUGGGAGCCAAGGCAACCACGACUCACACAGAGGUUACAACGACGACAGUCACCGUGGGCAGCAGCAGUCCAUACCCCCACGCUUUGCCAAGCUGGGGCGAGGUGAUGGGCAGAGAAACAGGAAUGAUAGUGGUGGCUAUAGGGGAGCGGGAAGGUAUGAUGGUGGCAGUGUUGAUAAUCAAGGUGGAUAUCAGAACAGGCAGAAAGAAAACCAAGGCCAGCGAGGACAAAAGUUUCCAGGAGAUUCCCAGGAUGCCAAGACUUUAAGCCACCCACCAACUAACAAGGGCGCUAACUCACAAAAUGAAAUUAGGACUUAUAAUGAUCAGCGCAAUAGUGAGUACAAGAAACGUAACCCUAAUCAAGUGGGAGAUUUCAGUCGAAACAAUUUCUCUGAGCAGAGGAAGAAUGGAGGGAAUUAUCCCAACAACAUCAGCUUUAGUCAGGCUAACAUCUCUGAGAGAAACUCAGGACCCAGUGACAGCAGGGAGGCCCAGAGUUAUGAUAGGGCUUCUUCAGCACGCCCAUAUAAAGGGAACCAACAGAACAAUAAGCCUUACAACCAGCAGGGGCCAUUCAUCCCCAACUCAUACCCACAACACCAGGACUCACAGUUCAACUCCAUGCCAGGCAAACAGAGCUAUGAUGGCCAACAGUUCCCAGUGAAUGGUGGAAUGUCCCCUGGUGUGGGAGAAACAUGUCUUGCCAAGUAUUGGGAGGACAACGAGCUGUACCCUGCUGUCAUUGAAGCUAUAGCACCAGAUGGUGCCACAGUUGUGGUCAGAUUCUUAGACUGGGGCAACCAGGAGGAAGUGUAUUACAGUGAUGUCCACCCCAUGCAGCAGCCCAACUGGGGCUACCAGAUGGGCCCACAAGUUUUCAACAUGCCAGUGAUGGACAUGACCCUCCAGGAUACCUCGUACCAGGCCAGCCCAGCCUUCGUCCCCCCCAUGGAGUUCACCCGAGGUGGGGGGUCCUACAACAGACGCUAUGACAACGACAGGCGCUAUGACAACGACAGGCGCUAUGACAACGACAGGCACUACGAGGACAGACGCAAGCCCACACAGUCGUAUUACCAGCCACCAAACCAAAAGUCUCAUUAAUGUCUCACCUAGGUUCUCCUGUAUAAUAUAUAAAUAUAUUAAAUAAACUUUAUAUUUCUAUAAUAUAAAGCUAGAUUAUUACAUUUUCAGCAUGCAUUUAAAAUGUUUUUUCAUUGUAUAAUAAAUGCACAGCACAAUCACUGUUGUAUGCUAAAGUUACAACAGGUUAAUAUUAGAGGGGACGGGGGGGUGUAAACAGUUGUAGUAUCCACUCUCAACGACCACAGGCCAAGAUAACCCAGAUCUAACUUGACUGACUCAGGAUUUUAAAGAAAUGCUUUACAAUAAGUCUACUAGUGGGUAAAUUAAUGAAUUCAAUUAUCUAUACAGGCAAUGGUCAAGUUAAAUGAAAUGAUUGUAUUAAAGUGAGGAGUUGUUCUUUUCUAAACAAACCAUAGUUUCCAAAGUGCAAUAUACAUUUAUUUUUUCAUUGUAAUAUUUCAGAUUGUUUUCUUUAGUGAUUAGAAAUUGUUUAAUUUCUUAUUUUAAAUGUCAUUAAUGUUCACCCACUUAUGACCCAAACAGUCAAGCUUCUUAAGACCGCUACUAGGGUGUAAAAUUUGUUUACAUUCAUCUUUGAUUACAAAACAUUACAGUUGUUAGCAACUACUCAAAAUAAAUUUUAGAAAGAAGAGUAGAUGCAGUUUAAUAUUGAAACCUUGAAGUAAAGCUGUUAACAUUUCACAACUUAUAAAAAUUUGUUUUAAAAAAUUGCUUCUUACAUAAUUUUUUAGUACUGUUAAAUAUUCUUGCUGAGUAAAAUUUGUAAUAAAUAAAUACUUACCAAGAAAUCUUACUGUAAAUCUACAAGAAAGCAUUUCUGUGUACACCAGACUGUAAAGAGUUAGAGUCAACUUUUGUUAAAUAAAUGGCAGGUGGUGAAGUGGUUCUCAACCAUCUAAGUAUUGUCUCCGAUAUCUUGCUUGAAUAUUUCCUCAUUGUCAAGUAAUGUAUGUGUUAACUAAUAGCAUAGAAGGUGAGUGGUGUAUAUUUUGUAAUCAAAAGUUAGUUGCAUGUAGCUUUUUAUUAGUUAUAAUUUAUUACAGUAGAUAUUACAAUAUUUUAAAUGUUUUACUCUCUGAAAUGUUCUGUAUUUUGUACUUCUGAUUUGUCUAAUUGUUUUACUCUGAAAUGUUCUGUAUUUUGUACUUCAGAUUUGUCUGUUUUCCUCUGAAAUGUUCUGUAUUUUGCACUUCUGAUUUGUCUAAUUGUUUUACUCUGAAAUGUUCUGUAUUUUGUACUUCUGAUUUGUCUAAUUGUUUUACUCUGAAAUGUUCUGUAUUUUGUACUUCUGAUUUGUCUAAUUGUUUUACUCUGAAAUGUUCUGUAUUUUGUACUUCUGAUUUGUCUAAUUGUUUUACUCUGACGUGUUCUGUAUUUUGUACUCCUGAUUUGUCUAAUUGUUUUACUCUGAAAUGUUCUGUAUUUUGUACUUCUGAUUUGUCUAAUUGUUUUACUCUGAAAUGUUCUGUAUUUUGUACUUCUGAUUUGUCUAAUUGUUUUACUCUGAAAUGUUCUGUAUUUUGUACUUCUGAUUUGUCUAAUUGUUUUACUCUGGAAUGUUCUGUAUUUUGUACUUCUGAUUUGUCUAAUUGUUUUACUCUGAAAUGUUCUGUAUUUUGUACUUCUGAUUUGUCUAAUUGUUUUACUCUGAAAUGUUCUGUAUUUUGUACUUCUGAUUUGUCUUUGCGGCUGAGCACAUUCACAUGUUAAGUUGUGUUAAUUGAUGUAUAGUAAGUACACUGAGUAAAGUUAAUUGAACGUGCUUUAUGACAUACCACUGUGGAGUUAAUUGAACAUGCUUGUCUUGUUUAGUGGUCUAGUCUGAGUAUUGGCAUUAAAGAAACCACUAAAUGCUACUAGUCCAUAGUUUUCAUGUUGUCCUGUCCAUAGUUUUCAUGUUGUCCUGUCCAUAGUUUGGACGGUGUCCUAUUACUGUCCAUAGUUUGGACGUUGUCCAGUUACUGUCCAUAGUUUGGACAUUGUCCAGUUACUGUCCGUAGUUUCCAUGUUGUCCUGUGUCUUACUGUCCAUAGUUUUCAUGUUAUCUAGUGUGUUAGAUGGUUGUGAGCAGGCUAUAGUCUCAUUCAUGUGAAACCAUAUCAUUUUUUAAAUUAGCCUUGUAUUUUCUACUGUUAGGUUUUACAUGCCUAGCCCGUACUUAAAUAAUUGUGUUCAUGCUUUGACAUUUUCUCCAUGUAAAUGUGUUCACAUAUACUUUGACAUUUUCUUCAUGUAAAUGUGUUCACAUAUACUUUGACAUUUUCUUCAUGUAAAAAUGUGUUCACAUAAUAAUAAUAGUUUGAAUAGUUUUUAAGGGUUGUAAUAAUGAAUGAUAAACCACCUAAAAAGAAGCUAAUUAGUUUUUAAAUGUGACUUUGAUUAUUAUCCCUGCUGCCACAAGUGCCUUACAAUGCUUGAACUGGAUGCCUCAACUUCUGGUUGAUUUAGUGUUGCAAGAGUACUCUAGUGAUCCUUAGCUUAAAAUGACGACUGAUGUACAGCCCCCUAGGUAGGUAGGCUCAACAUAUUUACUGCAUUGAACAAGAACUUGUUCUAGGUGAACUAUGCAUACCAAUUCUGUAUCUUGACUGAACUUGUACAAUGCGAUGAUUGUAUGUUUUCUGUUAGUUCAACUAUUUGAUUUCUGUUUGUACAUAAGGUUUAGUUGUUUUAUUUCCUCAUCUUUGAUAUUGAGAGAGGACUUCAAUAUUGUAAUAUGGAGUGUAUUAUUGAUAAUAAAUCAAAUACU